CGUGCCUCGACUAGUCCACUGUCCAUUACCGCGGGGUCGAAGUCGUCGGUUGGCAGCUGGAGCUUCGAGCGUUCGGAAAUCGGCAUGGUCAGCCUCGGUGCCCAUCUCCUCUCGCUGCCCUCAUCCGCGCCGCGCUCUCGCCUGCUGCAACCGGGGCCGCCCCUCUCGCCCGCCGCCGCCGCCGCCUCCUGCUCUGCGCCGUCCUUCCCCACCCGCCGCCUCGUCGCCGACCGGAGCCGGAGGAACGGGAUGAUGGCCGCGGCGGUCCCGGCCGAGGCCGCGGGCCUCCUCGCCCACGACCUCGGGUCCGCGGCCGUCACCGCCGGCGUGGCCCUCGCCCUCCUCCGCUUCUUCGAGGAGCUCGCCAAGCGCGGCGUCUUCGAGCAGAAACUCAAUAGAAAACUUGUGCAUAUAACUAUUGGCUUGGUAUUCUUGCUUUUUUGGCCUCUUUUCAGCCCAGGAAGCUAUGCUCCUUUCCUGGCCGCAGUAGCACCAGGGAUUAAUAUUAUAAGGAUGCUUCUGCUGGGGUUAGGAGUAAUGAAAAAUGAAGCUAUGGUAAAAUCAAUGAGCCGAUCUGGAGACCACAGGGAACUUCUCAAGGGUCCAUUGUAUUAUGCUACCACUAUAACUUUUGCCACUUCCGUAUUCUGGAGAACCUCUCCAAUCGCUAUAGCCCUUAUUUGCAACUUAUGUGCUGGGGACGGUAUAGCAGACAUAGUGGGGAGACGGCUCGGCCAAGAAAAGCUUCCAUAUAACCCCAACAAGUCAUAUGCAGGCAGCAUAGCAAUGGUGCUAGCUGGUUUCUUGGCUUCUAUUGGGUAUAUGCAUUACUUCCAGACAUUUGGUUUCAUUGAAGAAAGCUGGUCACUGGCUUUUGGCUUCCUUGUGGUUUCUGUAACUGCGGCACUUGUAGAGUCCCACCCCAUCAGCACACAUUUGGAUGACAACUUGACUGUUCCUUUAACAUCAUUCCUAGUUGGUAGCCUUGUUUUCUGAUGUUUAUAUUAAAGAAAAUUUAAUGAGAGCCUUACUGUUACUGUCUUACUGAUGUUCUGACAUGUAAGAAAUAUUUCAAUAAACUCAUUCGGAACUUUUACCUG